AUGCGUCUCACAACCACCCUCUCCUUCCUCCUCAGCCUCCUCGCCGUCGGCACCGUCACCGUCACGGCCGAGAAGUGCGCCUGCAAAGGCGGCACAGACCACUCGAAGACGGCCUGCGAUCGCAUCGGAGCCAGGUACGGCGUCCUAGGCUGCGGCUUCACGGGUUGCUGCGUCAACCCCGGCACACAGCACAACCGGUUUGUGCAGGCGUGCAAGGAUUUGGGCUAUGGGUUCAAGAGGUGUGAUGAUUGUGCUAGUUGUUAG